AUGGGGGGCAGCGGGUCGGCCCUGAGGGUCUGCGCCGAUCACCGCGGGGGCAUCAACUGGCUGAGCCUGAGCCCCGACGGGCAGCGCCUGCUGACCGGCAGUGAGGACGGCACAGCCCGACUCUGGAGCACAGCGGACGGCCAGUGCUGCGCGCUCCUGCAAGGGCACGAAAGCUAUGUGACCUUCUGCCAGCUGGAGGACGAAGCUGCCUUCACAUGCAGUGCGGACUGUACCAUCAGGAGAUGGGACGUGCUGACCGGGCAGUGUCUGCAGGUGUACCGAGGACACACGUCCAUUGUGAACAGGAUCCUGGUUGCCAACAACCAGCUCUUCAGCAGCUCCUAUGACCGGACUGCUCGUGUCUGGAGCGUGGAGAAGGAGCAGAUGUCCCGGGAGUUCCGAGGCCACCGUAACUGCGUGCUAACUCUAGCCUACUCUGCGCCCUGGGAACUCCCUGGUGCUCCCUGCUCAGAGGACGCUGUGGCUGGGGGCCUCCUGGUGACAGGCAGCACAGAUGGCACGGCCAAGGUGUGGCAGGUGGCCAGUGGCUGCUGCCACCAGACGCUGCGGGGCCAUACAGGUGCAGUGCUGUGCCUUGUGUUGGACACACCCAGCCACACAGCCUUCACGGGCAGCACUGAUGCCACCGUCCGCACCUGGGACAUCCUGAGUGGGGAGCAGCUUCGGGUGUUCCGGGAGCACCAGGGCUCCGUCAUCUGUCUGGAGCUCGUGAACCGGCUCAUUUACUCGGGCAGUGCGGACAGGACUGUCAAGUGCUGGCUGGCAGAUACAGGGGAGCACGUGUGCACAUUCGCGGCCCACAGACACAGUGUGAGCACCCUCAAGUACCAUGCGGGCACCUUGUUCACGGGCAGCGGGGACGCCUGCGCCCGCGCCUUCGACGCGCAGUCAGGACAGCUGCAGAGGGUGUUCCGGGGCCACGCCUUCGUCAUCAAUUGCCUGCAGGUGCAUGGCCAGGUGCUCUACACGGCCUCGCAUGACGGCGCGCUGCGCCUCUGGGACGUGCGCGGGCUUCCGACCCCGCGAACAAGGUUCCUGUCCCCUCUUAGCCAAAAGGCUCUCCGCCCCCUAAGGAGGAAGGCUACGGGCCUUGUCACCCUGGUGAUCCUGGGACUCCCCAACUUGGUCUCAGGGCUGACAGCCCAAGCUGUCCAAGCCCCAUAA